CAUCGAAUCAGAAGCCGAAGGGAGAGAACGUGCGCAGUUUAAGGGAUUUAGGCGUCCGUACGGCGCGUAAUCGCAUUUUUGACUUUCGUCCCUUCGAUUGCGCGAUUUUAUUUUGCGCCUCUGUCUGAAGAGUACGCCUCGAAUCGCCGCCGAUAACGAGAUUCGCGCGCGAUUCGCGCGCUUUUUGCAUCUGAAAAGAGACGCGCGGCGAAGGAAAAAAGAGGGUGGGAAAGGACGUAAGGGCAGAUGCGCGCGAUUUUAUUCCAUAAAAGGCGAACUCACACGGAACGAAACCCACCACUGGUCAGGCGCGCGGGGCUAAUUGUUAAUUAAGACGCGGAUUGCCGUGCGGAUUGACAAUUUGCAAUUGUAAAAUCCGUUUCUCGCGCGCGUAAUCUCGUUCGCCCGAGCGAGUCCCGCCCGCGCCGUUUCCAAUCGCAUCGAAAUUGUUUCGCAAGUGCCGUUUCCACGCGCGGAAAAACGAAUUUCGAAGGAAAGUUUCAGCGAAGUGCGAACCGGGGGGACUAACAGUCGAAUCCGCGAGAUGUUUCCGCGAAAACUUCGGGAGCGUGAAUUGACGAAACAAAAAAAAAAAUUCGUUCGUUACCAGAUUAAAAUAUCGCAAUAAAAUGUACGGUCGCACAAGCGCAAAUUGAUAAAAUUGUAAUCGAUUAUUUUCUCAAACUUGAAUAUUAUUUUCUAGAUAAAAUAAGAAAGAAGCCAAUAAGAACAAACUUAAUUGAUCUUUGUAUUUUAAUUGCACUGAGGAGAACUGUGGUGCGGAACAUUCGCGCAAAUCAAGUAAUAUUUCACUAAUAUAUAUUUAAACACUAUUGACUUUUUUAAUCUUUUUUUUUUUUAUUCUCAAAGUCUUAUUUCUUUCGUCGAAUUUUCUAGUUUGUAUUAACUUGUCCGGCUUCCUUUCCCAUUCCCCCACCCCGCCCUUUUUCCGUACUUACGGCAAUUCUUGUUCACCUGGAAAGUAUGCGGUCGGACGAAAGUUGUGUUUCUUUUGUCCCAAGCAAGACAAGUAUUUCUCUAAAUAAAUGUUUCCCCGAAGCGGGCGUGCACAUUCCCGCCGUGCGAUUUCUUCCCGACGGGAGGGAAGAUUCCGCGUCGUUCUCAGGGAGUUGUUGCAAGGUAUAAGAAAUAAUGUGAAGUAGGUCAAUCGUAUUUUAAGUCGGCGAAGUCUAUACACUUCGAUGAACGGGGGCCAGCUGCAACCCGAGAUAAGAGGCGCCGCCCACGUCGCGUUUCCCCAUGAAACGGAAAAGCGGAAAAUUUGCCCCAUAAUUCCCCCGGACUUAAUCUUCCUUCUCUAUUUUUUUUUUUUUAAUACCUUUCGUAUAAAUUUCGCGCGCGCGCGCGCGCGUUCUCAUGCGGUACGAUAGCGAUAUUAAUUAAUCGAUUCCAGUUUGAACGAUUCUUUAUAAGCUCGAUCUCUUUCUCUUUUUCUUCUCCCCUCGAUUAUAAUUCAAAUUAUUGUACCGUUAAGCCGUUGUUUUUAAUAAUCGCUUCAUACUCCUCCGAAUUAAAUUUUUAUUUUCUCUGUGCAGAUAAAAUAAAAAAAAUAUAUACACAACGGUAAAUCUUUAUUUCGCGAAUUUUCCGAGUUUAUUCAGCGUUGAAAGGAAUCGCGCGUCCAAGAAUCUCUUGGAGGAAAAAAUUUUCCGGGAAUUUCCGCGGGUGGAAAAUCGAAUGAGGGGGGGGAAAAGACAAAGAGAAGUGGGUUAAACACUCGCGAAGUAAUCUAUUUUCUAUCGCUCCAAACCAAUUCGAUUGAAACCAAUCGGUGGCCCGUAUGUCGGUGGGCGCUGAUUUCCGUUUCACACUCCCGUGAACCCGUUGCCGCCGUUCCACCCCCAUACGAGAGACGAAUACGAGAGGGGAGCUUGGCUCGCUUGGAGCACCAGUCGUCGAAUUACCGUCAUGACGAAUACGAAUGGUAACGCGACCGCGGCGGACUGCUCGAAGAAGUCCGUGGACCUCGCGCGGAAGGAGCUGAGUGCAAUAUUGGGAAAGGUAGACGGGCUGAUGCUUCCGGCUAAAAUCUGGCGGCUGCUACGCGCCCGUUCGCGGCUGAGACCCGCGAAACCGAUAAAGGUACGCGCGUGGCACCUGUGGCUCCUCUUGCUGAUCGUCACGUGGAUCGCGCUGCAGUCCUCGUGGACCUACGUGCAGGCGUAUCGAUACAGCAAGUGCUGGAUAACGACGCCCUCGUUUGUGCAAAAACUUUUCCGACCGCCGCAAGACUGUUCGAUCUGCCAGGAUAUUCAACAGGUUGACAAGCUCAUCGCCGUCGAUCCGACGAUCUUCGAGCAACGCUACGCGUAUUCAGGGAAGCCGGUGGUGAUUAGCGACGCGAUGGCGAACUGGACGGCAUCUGAGGUGUUCUCCUUCGCGUUCUUCAAAACGCUCUAUGACGGAGGCGAGCAAGCGAAUUGCCAGUUCUUCCCGUACAAGACGGAAUUUCGGAGUUUGCAGGACGUCUUCAACAUGAGCGCCAAUCGAGCGAUGAUGGAGAAGGGCACGACGCCGUGGUAUGUUGGAUGGAGCAAUUGCGACGAAAAAAUUGGUGUUACAUUGAGGCAGCAUUAUCAGAGACCGUAUUUUCUUCCCGCCACUGCCGAAAGCAAGAAAACGGAUUGGAUUUUCAUGGGAAGCAAUGGCUAUGGCGCACCAAUGCAUGUGGACGAUGUGGACUAUCCCUCCUGGCAGGCGCAGAUAAAGGGUGAAAAAUUGUGGAUUUUAGAUCCGCCGAGGGAGUGUCACUACACAUGCAAGAGGCUGGAAGUGAUUGUGCAUACCGGAGAGAUAAUCGUCUUGGACACGAAUCGAUGGUACCACCAGACGAAAAUCAUUUCCGAAGAUAUGAGCAUUACCAUCGGAGCCGAAUACGAUUGAAGCAAGUAGCUCGAAAGUUAAUUUAAUUAUAUGACAGAUUAAUUUAUUAUAUGAUAAAAACAUUUGACAAAGAAUUUAUUAAAAAUAAGUUCCUAUGUACAGAAUAAUAAAAUGUGGUGAUAAAAAUAAAACAAA